AUGAUUGAGAUUCACGAACGGCCACUGAUCUCGCUGGCGGCCAAGGACGACCUGCACACCAGCUUCAAUCGUCUCGUUGAGUACGGCAUCCAUGCCGCCCCCGUCUACGACGAAGUAGAGAUCGAGAGCGGGCUGGGCGGCAGGAGGAAGGUCAAGCAGUGGGUGGGUCUGCUUGACUGGCGCGACUUCGUGCACUACGUCAUCCAAUUCUUCGAUGAAGGCGACAAGUCCGCUCGGGACAUCGCCAAGAACCACCCCCUGCUGCCCAUUGUCGAAGAUGCCUCCCUCCUUUCUGUCCUCGCCGGGUUUGGCCAGCAGGGGGUGAGGCGCAGGCCGGUGGUGGCCAAGGACGACCAGGGGGAGCGCAUACUCACGAUCGUCUCCCAGCUCGACGUGGUCCGUUGGCUGUCGCGCCACCACAAGCAGCUCAGCCCGGCCUUUAGCAACAUCACCAUCCAGAACGUGGUUGAGAAGGAGCAAACAGACCCGCGGUUCAGCAAGCUGCGGCAGGUGUGCAACGUCAUGAAGGACACCAUGAUGGCCGACGUCCUGCGUCUCCUCGACCAGUCCAACCUCAACGGCGUCAGCGUGGUGGAUCACGUGGGCAAGCUGGUGGCCAACAUCAGCGUGAGCGACCUGCAGUACGUGGUCGAACGCAACCUGGACAACCUCUUCAUGACCGUCGAACACUUCCUCCAGCGCGUGCCCCGCCGCCCGCUCAUCACCUGCCCGCCCACCGCCACCCUGAUGGAAGUGAUCGACAAGCUGGCCAACGCCGGCGUCCACCGCAUCUACGUGGUCAACAGAGGGGUGUUACGCGCAGACGAGGAGCCGAUGGCGGUGAUCACGCUGACGGACGUCAUCAACGCGGUGCUGCUGCUGGCCACCCACGACGCCACGCUCGCCUCCGACAUCAGCGCCAAGUGA